AGUCAUGUCAGGGGACCUCUCGAGCCAAUCUGCGUGGAUAGAGGAGUGAUAAUUAUUCAUGGGCUCCUGCCUCUUGCUCCUUCUUUUGCACAGCCCCACUCUGCUGACUCAGUGCCUUAGUCUUCUCUCUCUCUCCACUGCUGUAGGUGGACCUCUUUGCCUUCACAGCCUCUGAGCAUCUGUACACCCGACAAUGGCUAAAACUGCAAUGGCCUACAAGGAAAAGAUGAAAGAGCUGUCCAUGCUGUCUUUGAUCUGCUCCUGUUUUUACCCUGAACCACGCAACAUUAAUAUAUAUACAUAUGACGAUAUGGAAGUUAAACAAAUCAAUAAGCGUGCCUCUGGCCAAGCUUUUGAGUUGAUCCUAAAACCUCCUUCUCCAGUCUCAGAAGCACCACGAACUUUAGCCUCUCCCAAGAAGAAAGAUUUGUCCCUUGAGGAGAUCCAGAAAAAACUGGAAGCUGCAGAGGAAAGGAGAAAGUCCCAGGAGGCCCAGGUGCUGAAACAACUGGCAGAAAAGAGGGAACAUGAACGAGAAGUCCUUCAGAAGGCUUUGGAAGAGAACAAUAACUUCAGCAAAAUGGCAGAGGAAAAACUGAUACUGAAGAUGGAACAAAUAAAAGAAAACCGUGAAGCUAACCUAGCUGCUCUUGUUGAACGCCUUCAGGAGAAGGAGAGGCAUGCCGCAGAGGUCCGCAGAAACAAGGAGCUCCAGGUGGAACUGUCUGGCUGAGCCCAGCAGUGGAGAGGAUGGGGAAUUCCCCCAUCACUCCCCAAACUCCCCUGCCUAUAUUACUACAGAUCAUGAGAUAUUAGUAUGGGAAAUGUAUGACAUGGUUUAAAAAAAAAAAAGAAUCAAGAACUCAAUAAAAACAAAACAAAAAAUUAAAAACAAUGCAGUCUUUGCAGAAUGAUUUGCUUGAUGUUUAAAAAUAAAACCGGGAUCUUAUUUUGUAAAUACUUACAUUUUUGUUAAAAAAUACAAGUAUUGCAUUAUGCAAGUUAUUUCAUAAUCUUUACAUGUCCUGUAACAGGCUUUUGAUGUUGUCUAUUUCCAUUCAGUUGAAUUUGUUAGAUCUGUUCCUAUGAGGUUCUCUGCAGCAAAAUCCAUGCUGAGCUAUUUUCAUUCCAGUUGAACAACCAAGUCAGUAGAAGGUCUGUGGUGCUAGAGUCCAGUCAUUGCCUAAUUACCCAGAAAGCUUUGCAAUCAAUAUACUUCCUUAAGCCAAUAAGUAAAUUACAGGCAUUCUGACUUGACAAAGUGGUCCUGAAAACACACUCUUAGAACAUUAAGCAGCCAUAAUUUAUUUAGAGCCUCAUAGCUCUACACGUCUACAUAUCAGAGUGCAAAACUAUAUCCAUUUACCCAAAAGUAAGGCUCACAGUAUUAAAUGGGACUUAUUCCUAGGUAAGUGUAUAUAGGAUUGUAACCUAAACUGGUAUUCACAGUAAUCAUUUACUCUGCCUUCAGAGAAAAUAUUUUUCAAAGAUGAAGCAAAUGGCAACGAUUUGGGUCUGAAUUUUAAAAAUAGAUAUUGGAUGCACCAGAAAAAUAACACUCUAUCUUGUAAAAACCACACGGUUUUUAAAAUGCUAGAAUUCAAAAUGACUCUAACUUGCUCAUUUAAAAUUCCACUGCUGAGCAAAAUACAUUCAUUCAAGUCAAGAAGCUUUUAGGAAUAGAUGCCAUGACCUGUUCGAUUUAUUUCAGGUCAUAGUCCUGCCUGCAGUUGCUGAAAUCAAUGAGAUAGCCAGGUGCAUCACUGCGGGCAGGAAUACAGCCUUGACCUACUCUGUUUCAUAACAGAACAUAUUAUUUGGAGUAUUUUUCAUCCAGACUCAAUGAAAUCAUGUUUAAUCCUGCUGACUAUUGCUCUCUGGUGUUAGUCUCUACUGCCUAAUUAACUUAAGAUACCAAGAAGGGUGAGGGCUGAAGCAGCAGGGUGCUAGUGAGGUGCUUGUGCCAAGUAAGGUAUCACCAAAUCAAUAUGCACAUCCCAUCAAACAGCUGUCAGUCUGAAGUGGUCCCAAACCUUCCUGGAAAUUGCUGCCUGCAUAUUCUAUUCUUCAUUAGUGCUAUUUUUCCUGUAUGUCAUUGUGAGCAAGCUGUGAUUAAUAAAGAAUUGGGGUUCUGUGAACUGAAAAAGGA